GCUCUUGCGAUAUCGUGCAACCCUAUCACUAGCAUUGAGUGACACUCACUCCCGGAAGCAUGUAUUGACUAAUGGCCGAACUAUAGUAUUUUGUCAUCAUUCAACGUAGGCUAUUAAUAGUAUAUAUUUUUCCUCUAUUUCCACUCCUUAAUGGAUACCGCGUGGAAAGCGAGGGGUGGUCAAAUAGACAAUACGAGUUGAGCAGAAGCGUUUAGGGGCAGUUCCUGCCGGAGAGAAUGACAAGGACGGGAGAGAGGGAGAGAGAAAGGGGAGGGGAAUUGACAUUAAAGCAACACAACAAGGAAACUACACUGCAGACACUAGACGCCUUCAUUUUAUGUUUAUGUAUAAUAGAUGUGCCAACUGAAGAAUUGUGGUCCAGCCAAUCUGCCUCUUUAAAAAAUACAUUCUUAGCACAGCUUCGAAGUGCCCCGAACAGAGAACGUUUUGACGAAGUUGGAUAUUAAGCCGCUUUCCGACGCUUUCAGACAUAUGGGCUCCGAGCCGGCCCUGUCUCCACAGGUGGUGGGGGAAGGGGGAGAGGAGGAAGAGGAGGACCUCAGUGGAGGAGAGGAAGCAGACCUGAGGAACUGUUCGGGUCGAGGCUCCCUGUUGACCAGGAGGGGAAUCACCCUCCGAGUUCUGCUGAAGGAUGGACUGGUGGAGCCAGGGGAUGGGGUGCUGUCCAUACACUACCUGGGUAAAAAGUUUGUUGGUGACCUGCUGAACGAUGGCAAGAUCCGCUGGGUGGAGACGGGCCAGAUCUUCAACUCGCCCAGCGCCUGGGCCACCCACUGCAAGAGGCUGGUCAACCCCGCCAAGAAGUCCGGCUGUGGCUGGGCAUCGGUACGGUACCGUGGCCAGAAGCUGGUCCAGUACAAAACCAGCUGGCUGCACAAGUACCAGCCCAGCGCAGACAUGAGCCUGAUAAGCGAGGGAGAGGAUGACGACCUGGGCGAUGAGGAGGAGGAGGAGGGGAAGGCAGUGGUCGUGCCAGACGAGAAGAACAAGAAGACCAAACCUGAGUUGCAUGACGUCAGCCUGCUGCCCAGGAGAGGAGACAGGGAGAGGAUCCCGGUUCGAUACUGCACCCUGGGGACCAGGGAUGCGGCCAGGGACCCACACACUCUGGUAGAGUUAUCAGCCUUCUCUGCCAUAAACCGCUUCCAGCCGUUCAACGUAGCCGUCUCCAGUAACGUACUUCUACUCAUGGACUUCCACUGUCACCUGACUACCAGCGAGGUAGUCGGCUACCUGGGAGGACGCUGGGACACCAACACGCAACUGCUGACGGUUCUGAGGGCAUUCCCUUGCAGAACGCGGCUAGGAGACAGAGAGGCAGCAUCGGCCGUGGAGGAGGAGAUCUGCCAGAACCUGUUCAUGCGAGGGCUGUCAUUGGUGGGCUGGUACCACAGUCACCCGCGUGGCCCCGCCCUGCCCUCCCUCCAGGACAUCGACUCCCAGAUGGACCACCAGCUCCGUCUGCAGGGCAGCAGCAACGGCUUCCAGCCCUGCCUGGGCCUCAUCUGUGGUAGGGUCUGGGGUCCGUACUACCAUGGCAACCAGGGUGUAGCAUCCACCAUCACACCUUUCUGGGUGGUGCCCCCCCCGGAGCAACGUCCUAACGAUUAUGGGAUACCGGUGGCGGUGGAGGUGACCUACGUUCAGGACAACUUCCUCACCAGUGAUGUUCUCAACGAGAUGAUGCUGCUGGUGGACUUCUACAGAGCUGCUCCAGAUCUUGUCCAGUUCCAGCAGUACUGGUGUCCAGACACCACAAUGAUGGACAAGAUCAAGGGCUCCCUGAGUGGCCACGCCCCCAAGGAUCAGGCCUACUCUCAGAUCCUGGAGCACGUAUGCAGCCAGCUGACAAACACACACUGAGACCCCUCGCAGACUGUGUGUGUGGCCUUUCACUUUUGGACCUUUUACAUGUGUGUGUGUGUAUGUUGAUGUACACUGGCCUUCUACUAGUGGACUUGUGUGUGUUUCUGUCCUGGACAUUAGAGAUUUUUACUGUAGCUGAAUGUGGAACGGCUCUCUGUGUGUGUCGACCUCGGAAAGAGGGAUCUUCCUCCUUCUCCUCUUCCUCCCUGUUCUCCGUGAAACCUUACUGUAGUCUGACACUUGGAGGUGAGCGAAGACGACAAUGCCUUCUAACUGCUGAGGAAACUAUGAAUUAAACACACUGGAACUGUU